AUGGCAGACAUCUCAGCUAUAGAGGAGGAUCAACAUGUGGACAGUAAGGUAAAUAGGAAUGGAGUUACUGAUCAGAGACUCAUCCCAUUACGUGAUAAAGAAGAUAAGAGAAUGGAAGCCAGACCCAAUUUGAAGUUUUAUCAUCUGCAUGGGAUGGAUUCUAGAGGCUUCCUUAAAUGUUAUUUUGAGCCAGACAGUGUGUUCAGAGAGGAGACAGUGGUGUUUAUUAUAGAGAAGCUGCACAGCGCAUUAGCAACAGGGCGCAUUAAAGGAGAAACUUUGUUUGACAUUAGCCUCGGAUCCAUCGUUCAUCAACUUUUUGAUAUCACUGAUUUUUUUAAAGAGAUCAUUAUACUAAAAUUAAGAGAGUCAUGUAUUAUGGAACUCAACAAAUGGGUGAAAACCCGCACUGGGGCUUUCAGUUGGACUCAUGCAUGUAAGGCUCUUACCGAGCUGGGCGGCAUCAGUGACCCAGAUGAAGUACAGGAAGAAAAGGUAAAGGAAACAAUUAAACGCAUUGUGAAAAUUGACUUCAGCAAAGAAAAUCUCACUGAUCCAGAGGUGUUGCCACCAGCCGACUGUAUACUCACAGCGUGGAUGCUGGACGUGGUUAGUCAUGACAAACAAGAUUACAUCAGAAACCUGAGGAAGAUGUCAAAGCUGCUUAAGCCUGGGGGACACUUAAUUAUAAUUGCGUGCAUAAAUGUCACUUAUUACACCGCUGGUACUGAAAGGCUACAUGCAUUGAAUUAUGAUGAGAGUUUUGUAAAAAAGACCCUCACUGAUGAAGGAUAUGAAAUUGAGUCCUGUGAGUUGCUUGAUAGAAAAGUAGAGAAUGAUCUUGUAGAUUAUAAGAAACUUAUGGUCCUUACUGCUGUCAAAGGGAAUAUUAAGAAUGUCUAA